AUGGAAGGCAGUUCUACUUCUGUAACUUCCCAGAUGAGUAAGAGUAGCAAAAGAAAAUGGACUAUGGCUGAGGAUGCAGCGCUCAUAUCUUGCAUGAUUGACCUACGGAAUAUGGGCAGUCAUAAUGCCGACGCAGGGUUUAAGUCUGGCUACUUGCCAGAACUUGAGAAAAUGCUAUUCGAAAAGCUCCUGAAUAGCGGUAUCAAGGCGAUGCCUCACAUUGAAUCUCGACUGAAGACACUGAAGAGGGAAUGGGCUAUCGUGUAUGAUAUGAUGCUUAACACAUCUGGCUUUGGAUGGAAUUCAACACGGAAGAUGGUCACAGCGGAAGACGAUACUCACAAAGAAGCUGCUCCAUUUAGACAGAGAAGUUUUCCUCAUUUCGAAGAAUUAUCUAUGAUAUAUGCAAAUGAUCGAGCUACUGGAAAAGAUGCUCAAGCUGUUGAAGAUAUUCUACAAGAGCUUGAUAUUGAAGAUUUGACUGCAACAGUCGAAGAAGCGGAUGUGAAUCAUUCAAAUCCAAAUGAAUCUGGCAAUACGAAUACCACUACAUCGGGAGAUGUUUCCCAUGCUCAUCAGACACCUACAGAUGCAACGGGAAGUGCUUCUGCAGGAAAAAAAAGGAAAAAGAGUGAAGCUGACUUAUCCACAAUUUCUCAUGCUGUGAAUACAAUGGUCUCCGACAUGAAAGAGGCUUGCAUGAUGCUCUCGAAGAGUGUCCACUCGGACAUCGUUCAAGAGAAGUUCCUUGAAGCUCUUCGUAGUGUGGAGGGCCUUACUUCAGCACAAGUUCGCAUGGCAAUUCAAAAGUUCGGAAACCAUCCGAAUUAUAUCCUGCUUUUCUUUGGUACCGAACCAGAACACCGCUUGGAAAUGAUUCAGGAUUUCAUUGCAAAUCACUGA